CUCAAGCGUCUAAGAAGCAUCGCCUAUUGUCCACCCAGUCAUUUUACCAUACCUACUUACCUCCCGGGCUAUUGCCAUCAAAGUCAUGAUGGGUUUCAUGAACCUCAUCCUCAGCGUUCUGGCAGUCUAUGCCGUCUCUGGUGCAGCCGCCCCGGUGGAUGACGCCUCUGGUUCCGUUUUGGUUGCCCGGGCUGAAACCUCUAUCGACAUGUGUGACAACAGUCGCUUCAACGGAGACUGCAAGAAGCUAACCGUUACGACUGGUUCUUGCUACAACGUUCCCGACUCAAUGGCCGGCCGCAUCAGCGCGAUUCGCAACAACAACAGAGAUAAAACAAGUUGCACCUGGUACCGUGCUUCCAACUGCCGUGGUGAAACCUACACGAACCAGGACGACGGUAACCUCGGAGACGGAAACGGCCACUUCAACGAUUCCAUUCGCAGCCUCGAGUGCAAGAGGAAGUAACUAGCCACCAGCCGUGAGAGUUUCCUCUCUCCAUCUUCUGGAGCGGUUCCUGCCGCUCACUGGAUGAGAGAGGAAAUGACGGCGAUGAACAGCUUUCCACGUCCUUGUCGAAUCAAUCGAAUAUCGAUAGUUGAGAAGGACAUGUGUGAGAUAAUGGCACUUGCGGGAAAGAGAAGGAGAUAAGCAGGUUGUUCUUUUCUCGCAGAACUGACAAUGUUUCCUGGGACCCUGUUCAUUCGGCUUUCAACAAGCCACACACUGUGAGCACUAUGAUCCAGCACUUAGUCUUGCUUUGUAGGUAUACGGGUUAAAUAUUGCACGUAAAUAUGAGUGUAGGUGUGGAGGCAGUGGGUUCAAUACUCCUGCAGAACAAGAUGUAGUCCUCUCCGAACAAGCCCAGUGACGAGGUAGACAGCCCUUGUGAACCCACGGGAGAUACCAGCCAAAGUGGUACUUCAACGGAACCUGUAUGGCAUCAAGCGAACCCCUCACACAUCACCUCCAGACACCUUUGAUACGCAGACCUCAGAUAUUUAGCCAGUGGUGCAGCCACCAAGACGAACGCUCUCGGCGUACAUCUCGUACGUGUCCGCGUUGGCGGCGGCCUUGGUCGCCGACAGCGCCUUGGCGGCCGUCGGGCCGUAGGCCCAGUCGGUCGUGC